AUGCCGCCCAGAGCCAAGGCUUCCACUAAAGCUCCUACCCGGCGACAACCGCAGCGACGCCAGCGCAAGGAGCCGACGGUUACGCAAGAGUCUCGCCCCGAGACGCCACGAUCCUCCUCAGAAUCCUCGUUGACAUCCCUGAGCGACGAAGUGCCUUUGAGGGGUGGCAAGCUUGACUUCCCGGAUCCCAAAGAUAUUCAUGUCGUUCCUUCUCGCAUCUUCUCCAUUUACACGAAUACGCCCCUUUUUCAUCCUCAACCUACUUUCACGGAAGAUUCCUCGCUAAGGGACCAUCCUCCGUCUUCAUCUACAUCACCGACACGCGUGAUCGCCGAUCCCCUGGAUGUAUGCGUCAACAACACAAUCCCGGAACCUGCGAGAGUGGGAUCGGUUUCCGAACGUUUGCAAGAUGAGGGACGUGAUGGCGAAGGUUUCAAUCAAUUGGUGCCUCAUGGUGCUCCGGGCUUGGCAAACACAAAACCUGUCCGGAAUGAACGACACGAUGACGAGGGUUGUCAUCUGAUGGUUCUCGAUGAUUCUUCAGACUUCGCAAGCGGGGAACAUACUGGGAACGAACCGCCGUUGAAGCGGCGCCGGUCCGUCAGUCAAGAACCACCCCAUACCCAGCGCCCUUCUGGCUACCUCCCAUCGUCCUCACACCCUCAUGCUCACCCACGAGUUCUCCUCAAGCGAGUUUCACCUCCACCUAACUCCUCUACCAGAAUCGGCGGCACUAUUCAUACCUCAAUGCCGCAAUGCGACGAAAAUGAAUAUCGUGAUGAGGAUGGCCCGAGGUUGGACGGAGCAGACCUUCGAGAUUAUCCAUCAGCACCCGCAUUUGCUCGCCAAAACAUUAUCUCAAUUCAUGAUCCUUUGGUUUCGACCUUAACCAAUAGCGUUCGAGGUUAUCUCGAUGCGUCGCAAACACGCGCGGAGAACGUCGGUGUACGGGUCGAGUCUCCGUCCGAACAGGCCGCCACCCGCCUUCGUGCUAUCCGUCGAUUUCGUCCCUGGGACAAUCUGGGGUAUCUUGCUUGUCCCCUCGGCGUUGCGUGCUGGGAUGUUGCCCUCAAUCUCGUUGGCGCGGAAGUCGAGGCAAGCUCUGCGGUGGUUCUGCGAGGUGGCCACUUCUGGGCCCCCGAUCCCUAUAUUCUCCUCCAGGAGUCCGACGCGGGCGCCUCUGUGAUGGCGUCGAACUACAUACGCUUACACCACAUUCUAAUCCCUUCUUUCCAACGCCUUUCCGCUGCCAAUACAGCCCUCGAUAUCACAGAGGACAGCGAGAAUAGUGGCAGCACGUGUUUGUCUGGUCGACUGUGGAAAUGGAUCCUAGGCCCCGAUAUUGCGCAAGUUUUACACCCGAAUGCUAGAAUGGCCCAGCUUCCGCGGAAAGCCAACGAAGCAACGAAGAUUCUACGCAUGAGGGCGUCGUUGGGCCUGUCCAACGUUUUGUUGGUUGGUGAAGAAGAGCUCGCCUUUCAGUAUCCCAAGGUCUUCCAUUCCGCGUUGAAUUGGUGGGGUAACAUCCUAGAACCGUCCUUUACGAAAGAUGCGAGACUCAUGGCUUUCAUAUUGUUUGAGCUUUGCAACAUCCAUUUCGCGUUAGAAUUUCGCGCUCUCGAUAUCAAACUGGCCGAUCGAGAUCCCGCCGCCCACCUCCAAUCCGUUGUUCGUUUCUUCGGCGACUCGUUAGGGAUCCCCGCUGCCCGUCCGCAUCCCGACCAUGCCUUAGACUUCUCCGAUGGACCUCGUGGCUUCAAACUAUUGCUGAAUAUGGGCUUCGUCAUGGAGGAUUGGAAAGGCGGCUCCGUGCUGCCUGCCGACGUCAAGGCGAAGCUACAUACCCUUCCGAAGAUGCCUUCUGUCCAACCGAGCGUGGUACGAGAACUGGAGGCCGCUCUCUGUCUCGCAUAUUGCCGCGCCUUUGUCGAGGUUUUUGAUCGAGCGCCGAUACUGCCUCGCCAAUUCCCGACUCAGGAGUUCUUUCGGCGUCGGGGAAUUCUCGUAUCGUAG